GUGUGUGUGUGUGUGUGUGUGUGCGUGCGUGUGCGUGUUCGUGUGUGAGUUCGUGUGUGCCUGAUUGCGCGCCACCUCUCCAUCAGUGCGUGUGCACGAGGGUCCGCAAAGCCGCUGCUGCAGCUGCAGAAGCGUUCACAAACUUUGAUGAGCUCUUACCUAAACCGAGCUAACAAAAACAAACCCGGAUUAAAACUGGACUAACACUUUUUUUUUAAAUAUAAUUUAAAAAGGUGCGUGUGCAAAUUGGGCUGGAUCAAGGUGUCACAAUGGAAAGCACUCCGGUUGAAAUAUUCAAAGAAGAUAACAGCAAGUGCCUCUCCACGCUGCUGGACGACUGCGCAGUGAAUUCGUCAGGCUGGGUGUCCGGAUACUCGGAGAACCGCAAUCUGACCCACGAUGACAGCUGGGAGCAGGAGGGCAUGUCUCCCAUCAUCCCCAUCAUCACCGCAGUCUACUCCGUGGUGUUUGUGGUCGGCUUACUGGGCAACUGCCUCGUCAUGUAUGUGAUCAUCAGGUACACAAAGAUGAAGACGGCCACCAACAUUUACAUUUUCAACUUGGCGCUCGCCGACGCCCUCGUCACCACCACCAUGCCCUUCCAGAGCACCGACUACCUGCUGAACACAUGGCCCUUCGGUGAGGUGGUUUGCAAGGUCUUCAUCUCCAUCGACUACUACAACAUGUUCACCAGCAUCUUCACGCUCACCAUGAUGAGCGUGGAUCGAUACGUGGCCGUGUGCCAUCCGGUUAAAGCCCUGGACUUCCGCACCCCGAUCAAAGCCAAGCUGAUCAAUGUGUGCAUCUGGAUUCUGUCCUCGGCCGCAGGGAUCCCUGCUUUCGUUCUGGGUGGCACCCAAACCAAGAGCGAAAUAACCGAGUGUGCCUUACAGUUCCCCGAGCCGUACGUGUACUGGGACACGCUGAUGAAGAUAUGUGUGUUCGUCUUUGCCUUCGUCGUGCCUGUCCUCAUCAUCACCGUGUGCUACUCCCUCAUGGUCCUGAGGCUGAAGAGCGUCCGGAUGUUGUCCGGCUCGAGGGAAAAAGACCGUAACCUGCGCCGGAUCACGCGGCUGGUGGUGGUUGUGGUGGCCGUGUUUGUGGUCUGCUGGACGCCCAUUCACAUCUUCAUCCUGGUGAAGGCGCUAGUGAGCGUGCCCGAAACCACCGCCGUCAUGGCCGCCUACUUCUUCUGUGUGGCACUGGGCUACACGAACAGCAGCCUCAACCCCGUCCUCUACGCAUUCUUGGACGAGAACUUCAAGCGCUGCUUCAAAGACUUCUGCGUCUCGGCCAAGCUGAAGAGUGAGAAGAUGUCAGGGAACAGGAAGACCGCCGGCAACGUGAGGGAGAACGCCGUGCCCCUGGAGAACCACGAUGGGACUAGAAAACCUGCAUGACUAGCAGUGGAACUGUCAUCAAUUUCACACAUUGGAAAAGAGGACUCGCAUGACCUGGGCCUGACCCAUGUCACAUCCACGAUGUAGUCUGGACUCUGUUACAGAGACUGGAUGUGUUUUCAUUUACAUUUUCCAACACUGAGCUGACGUCAUUUAGGCGAUGACAUGAAAGUGACACGUACUAAGUUGCAUAUGUUUUUCUCACCUCUUGUUUCUGAACCUGUUUUCACGUUCAGGUGUUUAUUUCCUCAUGGUUACUGCCAUGUAAACUGUUAUUAUUCUGAAUGUGAAGUUUAGGAGAAUUUGUUAUAAGCAGGCGUAAAAACAAAUGUGAUCAACGUUAGCCUUUUUAAACCGCAGGUCACAUCUACCUGUUCACACACUGAUGUCAGAGGCUGCUGUGUGAAGUGUCCAUCAGGAGUAACUAAUCCAGUCAUACACAUUCACACACAGAGGACGAAGCAGCGGGAGCAACUUGAGGUUAAAUGUCUUACCAAAGGACACAUCGGACACAUAGCUGCAGGAGCUGGGGAUCCAACCCCUGACCUCCUGGUUGAGAGUCUACCUACUCUAACACUGGGCCACAGCCACCCCAUAGCCUAGCUUUUUCUAGUGGUUCCCAACCUUUUUUGGCUCAUGACCCCACUUUGACUUCACAAAACUCUGGG